AUGUCCGUAUUCACAAUCGUCCAUCGAGCCCUACCACCACUGUCCCUCCCCUGGAAGCGACGAACCAGUCUAAAAGGCAAAUCCCCUGAGCUGGAAAUCCAUAUCAGCGAAAAGGGUCCUAUCUUGUCAGACUCCAGCAUCAGCCCCCACGCCCAGAACAAUGAAACCAUCUUCAUGCACCGUGACGUCCUCGGUCCCGUGCAGGUAGCGGUGAAGACCCACGCACACCAGACCACAUCCACCUCCCAAUCAACAUCAUCCGCGCCGGAAAAUAUCCCGGGGCGAGUGUCGGAUUCGACUUCCGAGAGCCGGACGCGUCCGACGCGGGCCCAGCUCGCUCGCGCUGUUAGUUGGGCGAGUAUUAUCCGCAGUCGAGACCGGUGGACAGCCGAGCAGGAGAGGGAACUUGUGCAUGCGCAGAGACAGCUGGGGAGGUGUCAGAAGGCGUGGAGUUCCGAGCAGGAAGUGUGGUUAUCCUAUGUCCAGGCCCUCAGCGAAGAAAAGGAAGCACAUGCUGAGUUCCUGUCUAUGCGACACAGACAGCAGGACGAGGAGCAGCACCAGUUCCGUAAGGCGUGGAAGAGGCGGCGAUCUUCGUCUGGUGAUGAUGAGGUGCAGCAGUCUGCGAUCGAGACUGCGAAUCGAUUGGGGAGGUUGCGUCGCUUGCAGCGCUAUGGCUAUUCAGGGCAGCGGUUGGGCGCGACGGGAUCGGCGGUUUUGGCUGUGGAGGGAUGA